CUGAAGCCUCUGAGGACAGCGAGAGUCUACUCAUGUGCUGUUCAGCCUGAUAUCCGCUUGAAACUAAGUUCAGUAAAACAAAAGCAAAACAAAAACACGCUACAAUGACACUCACACCUCUUGUCUACUGGGCUCAGCGUCAUGAGGAAAUUUACCUGCGAGUGGAGCUGACAGACGCUCAGAAUAUCGACGUCCAUGUGCAUGAGAAUGUCCUCCAUUUUAGAGCCCAGGGGCAUGGUGCAAAAGGACUAAAUGAGUACAACUUCAGCUUGGAGUUUUUCUCACCAGUAAAGCCAGGGGUGCGCCACAAGUCCACACAGCGGCAGGUAAACAUUACAGUGCAGAAAGAGCAACGAGGCUGGUGGGAAAGACUGACCACACAGGUGCGCAAACCUGUUUUCCUGGCACCUGACUUUGACCGCUGGCUGGACGAGUCAGACGCUGAGAUGGAGAUCCGGGAAAAGGAGGAGAAAAGAAACAGGCUGAAGGCUUCGAGGCAUAAAGAAGAAGGGUUCGUCAGCCUGAAAACAGGAUUUUUGUUUGUAUAUAACCUGGUGCAGUUUCUUGGUUUUUCAUGGAUCUUUUUCAACAUGACUGUGCGCCUCUUUAUGUUCGGACAAGAUUCUCUCUACGACACAUAUCACACAAUGUCAGACGUGAUGUUCUUCUGCCAGACCCUGGCAGUAGUCGAGGUCCUCAGCGCUGCGUUCGGCAUAGUCCAGACAAGUGUUUUACCAACAGUGCUACAGGUGGGUGGAAGGUUUUUUAUCCUCUUCAUCAUUUUUGGUUGUUUGGAGGAAAUGCAUCACCGGCCAGUUGUGUUCUUCGUUUUCUAUCUGUGGAGCUUCAUUGAGAUUUUUAGGUAUCCAUUUUACAUGCUGGCCUGUUUCAAUACAGAGUGGAAAACGCUCACUUGGCUGCGGUACACCAUCUGGAUGCCACUGUAUCCGUUAGGUGCUUUAGCUGAAGUCGUUGCUGUGAUACAAUCCAUUCCCAUCUUUGACGAAACUCAACUCUUCAGCAUUCCUCUUCCGAAAGCCAUCGGUACCUCCAUCAGCUUCUCUUACAUCCUGCGCGUCCUUCCUGUUUUCAUGUUUUUGGGACUUUAUAGCAACUGGCGGCACCUUUACAAGCAGAGAACGAAGCGUUUCCGUACCAAAAAGAGGAAAGCAAAUUGAGAUUCGACACCAACAACAUCCUUCAAACACCUUUGCUGCCUGCUUCUGGAGAUUAUUUUUAUAAAUAAUCAUCAUACUCCAAAACCCUGAUCCAGUCAAAUCGGUUAUAGGUUUAUUAUGUUGUUUACUUUUACAAAGUCUGUUGUCAGUUACUUCCCUUAUGGCUGUCAUGAAAACCCUACAGAUGAUGCAAUAUAUCAUGACUGCAUGGAUGAUCACACACGCUAGUGAGUGAUUUCUCAUAAACUCUGAUGUUGUAAGUACUGAAGAGUUGUUGUAAACCAUAGCACUUCAUAUCUUGUGUAAUCAUGUGUUUUUCCUUUUGAUCUAGUUUUCUUGUAUUUUUGACCAAAUGCACAGCAAGAAGCACUGAUAAGGAAACCCCGCUGUUGUCAUCUGAUAAACAGUGGCUGGUAUAAGAAUGAAGAAAACAACAAUAUACUUAACAAAUAAUUAUUAUUUCAGAUUUCUGAACCGUCCCACAAAGCUCUGGGAGACACAGACUGGUGACUGCUAAAAUACAGAAAGCAUUUUGUGUCUCAUAUGCUCAAUAACCUUUUAUUAGCAAUAUUCAUGUGUAUCGCUCUUCCUCUGUGUUACUUUGAAAGUCACUUGAAUUUUAAAUGCCAACAUUACCAGCUGUUUCCCACGUUUCCUGUAAAUGUGGCGGUUAUUUGACACUGAAUAAAAAUGAAAUUUGAA